AAGUACCAAAGCUUUUCCAAGAUUGGAAACUUAACUAGUCGACUCACACACGUGCUGGCCGCGCAAACGUGGAUGGAGGGCUUACUGACAGUUUAACAUGCUGCAAGUUUUAACGUUUCGUGAAAGGUUUAUUUAUUUUUUUAAUAUGACGUCCAAUUGAAUGACUGAUUGUCGAGAUGAUUCGUCCAGGAAAGAAGAAGAAGUCUAUUUUUUAUGCUGCAACUACAACCUGCUAGCGUUAGCCGAAUCUCAAGCCUGAACAUGUUCAGACGUGUUCUGUGGCACAGCGAGGGGCUUGCUACCAUUCAAACUCGAAACAUCUUACAAAUCGGUUAAUGCAAAGGAAAUGGAUUACCACUUCCCACCGCAGCUUUUCCCCUCAUUCUACAACAGUGGACCACCAGACGGCUCGCAGAAACCUUGUGCUGGAAUUUGGGGCAGUUACGAUCUGGUCCAACCUCAGGGCAGCUCUGGACCUCCAAACAACUGGACCUUUACAUCCAGACAUCAGGUGAAAGGGGAGAUAUGGCGUCACAGAGAACCGGCACCGAUUCCCCUCCUCAAACCAAAUAACUCUCUCAUUUGGUCUUCAACUCUUCCCAAUCCACUGGACUUCACAGAGCAUAUGCAGAACUUCUACAUUGAUCAUUGCCAAGAUGCCUUUGGCUGCAUCAGUGAAGUUCUGGGGGACAAUUUCUAUUUCAAGCAUGGAAGGAAACAGCGUCAACACAGGGAUGCGGUUCACACGUGGAAGAUCAAACGGUUCCUUGACCUGCUGAAUUUUCCACUAUGUCACCGCUCAUAUUGCUCCAGAUCACUUCAGGCGUACAGUGCUUUGCUGUCAGAUGUGGUGCAAAAUGUCCCGCCGGAGCUCCUGGGCUCUCUGUUGUAUGAGGAACUGACGGAGCAGAGAGACCGCCAGCUGUUCUAUGAAGGAGCCACGGGGGGCGCACUCAACUUCAUCCCCUUCUCCCAAAUUGGAGACUCUCAACAUGGCUGCCUCCUCUAUCCUGGAAACCGGGGAAUGGACCGCCUCAACUUCCACAGAGUGGCGUGGGAGCUCCAGCCAGACAAAUGUUUCUCCUUGAACUCCAGCAGAAGCAAACCAUUCGGCUUCCAACUGAAAGGCCCCAUCCGGCAGAUCAGCUCAGCGUCCUUGUUCAACAUUUGUUGUGUUGCUGUGCGCUCGGAUCGUUUGUGUGGCCUUUGGAGAUUUGGCGACAGAGAAGAACCGCGUUUGCUGCAAGUUGUAAACACCAAAGAGGUUGCCAGUUGUGUGACCGUCAGUCCUCACGUUUUAGGUGAAGUUUUGGUGGCAAGUGAAAGUGGAAUCGUAAACCUGUGGACUGUUGGCAAAGGAAUUCAAAAGGUUUGGGAGGACAACAGCAAUCUUUACUUUAAUGCUAAGUCGUCAUGGCGAUGGUGUGAAUUCUCCGCCCAUCCGCGGGUGAUGCUCUACGCUGACAGGACCGGCGCGGAACUCUGCGAUAUCAGGGUGAGAUUGAAAACAACAAAACUUUGGGAAAUAUAAUGCGGCACACAUCGGCUCCUGUUUUGUCACCCCCAGACGAGUCCCGCCUCCAAUCGCACGCUCUUUAGCAUCAGCAGCACUGCAGCGUGCAGAGCUGGAGAGAGGCUCAUCCUCUCGAAAUAUCUGGCCGAGGUUCACACGUUUCACCAUCUCGUCACCACUCAGUACUCGGCCUACAUCAUCGACGAGCGAUUUCCCUGCUUGCCGGUGCUGAAGAUGGAUCACAUGAUGCAAUCCCCGCCGAUGUUCUGUCACGUCCUUCCCGGUGUAUCGUCAUCCAGGAGCAGAGCUCGCACCACAAAGGUUUUCCUGGGUUCCCAGAGCUCUCAGGAAGUCACACAGCUGCAGUAUUCAGGUGGCAGAACAGAAGCGUGCGUCAGCGUGGGUCCGCCGCAGUCCCUACUUGGGCCUCGCGAUAGCCUCAAACACCUUCCUGUCCAGAUCCCGCACCGCGAGGACACGGCAGCGAACAGGCUGUCCUCACCAUCUGCAGGUCUAACGUGUAUCCAAAGGAGUGCCAGAGAUGGAAGUUACGAUCGCAUCUACCUUCACAGAUUUGCGGCUGAAACACCAGAGAGAAAACUACACGGUGAUUCCGGUAACUCGGACACCGGUUCUGAGGAUUCAGAGACACGAGGGAGAGGACGAAACCUGAAAGGGUUCAACCUCCAGUUGUUCGUCAAUGAUGAUCUAGCACCCGAGCACGAAUUGAGUGCAGAUGGGAAAAACGGUCCAGCCAAUGGCCCAGGAGAGCCAAGCGGCGUUCAGGACACGCACAUCAACUUGACUCCUGCUAAUCGACCUCUCCAGCAGACUUCAGCAAAACUCAGCGAAGAUGCUCUCAACACGUGGAAACUCUGGCUCCAAAAACUAAUGCGCAAGAGCCACAAAAAGAAGCCGCGUCCGCGCUGCCCGCACCAAGUCACCGUCAACACCGGCAGUCUCUUCAGUCUGACCGGCGACAAAAUGAGAGAACUGUCCCAAGACAGCCACGUGAAGAGUAUGAGACGUCAACUGAGUUUGUGCAUGUCCGACCGUUUCCCGCUGGUGAGAAGCGCCGCCGCCUCUUCCGAUGUGGUGCCGCUUCCGGAGCAGGUGGACGCGGAAGCGUGGCCCGACGAUCUCAGUCAGCGUCUGACCCUGGCCUGGCGAGGCGAGGAGAAGUGGAGAGCGUGGUGGGAAGACCGGCUGGGCCUGAACAAGGAAUUCAAGAGGAACGCUCUCCGAAGGCGGAGGAGGAAGGAAAGGGAGGCAAGGAUGCGGUCCGCCGGGCGACGGCUGGCGCUUUCGGAAAGCUUCACUUCAUCGAUCACCUACCAGUCGGAGCUGGAUGAUUACUCGGACUUUACGGGCUGGUCCUCUGGGGUGGCCUCGGAAACAGAAAGGCCGGAGGCGGAGGGCACGGUGGAGAGUGAGGCGCCGAGAGCAAAGACGCCCGCCGCCGUGCUCGCCGAAGCCCCCUUGCCGACGCCAAUCGUCCUCACCCCGUCAAAGAGCGUCCAACUUGACUCGGUGCCAUCCGGUCAGAGGAGAAGCAAACGCCCUGCAGAGGACUACCUCGCCGCUCUCUUUGGAUCACAGGACGAUCCCGCUCAACACGACUACGACUUUGAUGCGGAACGGCCUUUACGUGGGCCGGUGCGCCACUCCUCCCAGUCUCUGCCCCUCUCCCAGAGUUCACUGGGGCGGCCUUGGUCACAGUCUUCACAACCCAAGAAAAAGAAGGCGCGUAUGGGAUUUUGAUUUUUUUUUUUUUUCAUUGCCCCAUCCAUGUUCAAAAUGCAGUCAUGAAAUUUUUGGCUGAAAAACAUUUUGAGUCCCCCCCCCAUCCCAUAUAUUCCGUUCGAUGUGUUGUUUUUUUUUUUUUUUUAACAAAAACAAGUUAUUCCAUCAGUCAUGGAUUUAUGGAACCUGAAACCUUCCCAACCCCCAAAGCAACCAAUGUGACUUCAGGGACAGAAUGUCUCUGCUCUUUUUGCACGUCGUUUUUACGACCUGGCGACCUCAAGAUACGAUGAAGUGGAUUAUGGUUUUUAAUUCGCACCCAAAAAGCAAGCAUGCACGCUCACAAGCCGAAUGGAUCUUUCACUCCACGGAGCCCCUCACAAGGCAGAAGACGGACGGCGUGCAUGCUGGAUUCGGUAGGACCAAAUGACAUUUUUAUAUUCAAUGUGUGCGGGCGCGUGUCAAUGCAAUGUGCAGAUGUGGACUGUCCAGUGAUGAAUUGAAUCAUGGAUGAUGAUAUUUGCAAUCGGUAAAGUGACUAAGUCCAUUUGAUGAAAUGUGCCUGUACAACCUAUUUCAAGAAACCGUUUUAUCAGCUA